AUGGACCCUACACCUAAGCGACGUGGCAGACCCACUAUCAGAAAACCAACGGGAGAGGAGAGGAAGAAGACGAAGGAGAGACGGAAGGCGGACCGUCUCCUGCAGAAGGAAGCGGUCAGCGCCCAGAAAAAAGCAGAGGCGGAGGCCGAGAAGAUUCGUGCUCGCGCAUCAGCGCUUGAGCAAGAACAAGCCGAUGAAGAUUCACGGGUCUGGACGGCAUUUCAGGCCUUGCGAGCGGACGCCAAGGAGGGUGGGUACGGGUUCGGGACGUUCUACAGGUUCAUGUCUGCCGUUUGGUCGUCGAAGAACCCGCUGUUGUCCUCGGCAUGGUCCAAAUUCUGUCAGGCGCACGGGGAGGAGCUCAUGGAUCAGGUUCACACUCGCGCGCCAGAUGUCGCCGACUCCUGGAUGAUGGAGAAGCUGCUGCCGACAAUCCGGAAGGAGGGUGCUGCGAUAAAAGACAUCAUGUCGCGCUCACGCAGCACCUCGCUUACGCACCUGAUUAGCACUUUCUCGCUCGAGAGACUAAGCGAUGAUCUGCAGGCCGAAGCGCCGCUGCUCUGGUCUUUGCUCUGCACUGCUUCCGGGACCUUGGACGCAACGGAGGAAGCCCCUCGCACCCAGCGCGAUCCUAAAGUUGUCUUCACUACGAUGUGCGCGAUGAUGGGCAUCUUGCAGUCGCAGCGCGCGAACGACUACCAGACGACUCUUGGGCUCUUCCUCCUGGCGUCUGGAUCUGCGAAGCGCGAAAUCGAGGUCCUCUCGCACGCGGGCAUCUGUACGUCGUAUAGCACCAUUCUCGACCACGUCAAGAAGCUCUCGGCUGAGGCGACAGACCGCUACAAUGCCCUCAUCAAAGACAGAGCGUGCAUCAUUUGCUGGGACAACUUGAACAUUGCAUUUCGGAAGGAUGCACAGCGCAUGGGUUCGACUGACCACUUCGACAACGGCACCACUGCUACUGUAGUGCCGCUCUUCGAUCCUACGACGGCGGCAUCUGUGCCCCACGGCACCCUUCCCUUCGACAUGGAUGAACCCCGCAUGACGCGUAAGCUUGACAUCCCCUACGCACCAGAGGAUCUCUUUCCCUCCGCAAAGGAGGCGGAGACUGUUUCCGAGUGCUGCCUCUGGCAGCUGAAGCGCAUCGCGAUGGAUCACAUCCCCGAGCUGGCUCGCCUUCGGAACGAUGUUGGAGGCUGCCCCGAAGUCGACCAGAUCGCGGUCCAUAAGACCGAGCAGCACCCACUCCCAGCUAUGAAGCUCGAUGAGUCGUGCAUCGAUGGUACAAUGAAAGUACUGCUCACCAUCUUCGAGAACCUCGGCAUGACGAACGAAGACUGGAAGAAGCACGGGCUGCUCUUCGUCGAUGGCGAUCUCCUAUCCAUGCUCCUUGUCGACAAGCUCCAGACCGCGAGGCGCAACAGCGAGGACGACGUGGAUGCCCUGCGCUUCUUGAUCCAGCGCUUCGGGAUCUUUCACUGUCAGAUGGCUGCGGGAAGGAUGGUCGUGAACGAGCACUGGGGCAAGCCGAACUCCGAGUGGCCAGGCAGCCUGUGGUGGUCGAAUACGGUGCUGGGUCGAAAAAGCAUGGCAGCGGGAUGGAAGGGACGGAAGGCGACGCCGUGGAAGCAGUCGCACGAGCUCAUCAACAUCACGCUUCCUGCGCAUGUGAGGGACGCAUUCCGCAUUCACUGCGCGCCACUCCCGCUCAAGACGUGGGCAUCGGAAGCGUCCGUCGCCGACUUCGAUCGUGUCGCACGUACCGUCCUCCAGAAGCUGUUCGGAACGCCGGUCGUCGAUGCCCUUCGUCAGCAACCAGAUGCCCUGCGAGACCACGCACACGAGAACGUACUGCUGUUUAAUCGCGACGCGCUGUUCUACGUCGAGUUCACUCAUGCUGUUAAGCAUGGCGAUAUUGGGCGUGUCGUGAACAUGUUGCGAGUGUGGGGACUCAUGAUGCGAGGAGUGGGUGCAAUGCCGAAGUACGCGGAUGUCAUAUUUGAAACUCUGGGCCGCUUGCGCCGGUACCCGCCUCGUCUUCGUCAAUUAUUCCUUCACAACUGGCUCGUCAACCUCAGCGGCAAACCAGGCGGCUUCAAGGGUGUCGACAUGAUGCAGGAGCAUCAGAACCUCUGGGCGAAAUGCGUCUACACUGCGAAGGGGGUGAACAAAAGCUGGGAUUGGCUCGCGAUGGUCACUGUAUGCAUCUUCGUCGAGCCGUAG